GCGGUGGGCUACCUGCAAGGCUACAAUGGCGCCCAAGAAAGGGAGGGGAGAUCAGCCAUUCGUUCCGGUCAGUAAAGACGAGCAGAAGGAGGCGGAGCUGAAGUUUUGCGGCUUUAACUGGGUUGCCAAGGGGCAGACGAUGCCGAAUUCGAAUGGCACUUUCCUCAUGGAGUGCAAGUUGUGUCGUCAGGGUUUUCAGGGGAGCCAGACGAAAGCCGCACAACACUUCACGAUAAAAAACAAUUGCGCCAAAAUCUUCGUGGAGCAGAUGGCGGAGAUAUGGAACAAGACAAAGUACGGGUUCGAUCCAAGCCAUGCACAGAAGAUCGUGGACUUUCUGAAGUCUCGUGAGUUGCGAGACAACAGAUGUGGAUCGGGGAGGGAGCCAGCGGGGAAUGAGGAGUUUGAGAACAGCGAGGAGGAGAGGAGGGCGGUCGAGGGUGGAGAUGAUUAUGGUGAGAGUGAUGCAGAGGAUAUGGAGGUGCGGCGAGCGGUGGAGCGUGCCAGGGGAAAGUUGAGGAAGGAGAAGGCCAUUGACGAGGACAACACCCCUGACGAGGACACGGACGACGACGAUGACGAUGAGGGAGCAGACCUUGGGGCCUCUCCGGAUGGGGGGUUGAUGGGCGAUGGCCGUCGUGGCCAAGAGGGGGCAGCUAGGGCGAUGAAGGAGGCUGCGGGACCGAAGAAGAGAAAAAGGAAGGCGAAGAUGACUACCACUGAGGCGAGAUCAGCACCUUCUCAGCCCAAAAAGAGCAGAGUUCUUCGACAGACGUCCAUGCUGGAGACCUUCGAUCCAGUGUGGCAACGAGAAUUCUCGGACUCCGUCCAUGCUGGAGAGUUCUCUGGGGCCCAACCGUUGCGAGUACUCCAUCCUCUUGGUAUUGAUCGAUCAUUUCUCGAAGUAUAUCGAAGUCUAGCCGUGUAAAACCCGAAAGGCUGCAGAAAUAGCCAUAUACAUUGAUCCGUUUCUCUACACUCACCUAGAUACGGAA